AUGUCCCCGAACCCCUAUGGGAAAGUGAAGCCAUAUUCUGACCCCUAUGGGAAAGUUCAGGCGAUUAAGAGGAUGCUUGACUCGGCUUGGGACAAUUGCCGGAAACACAGUUACCCUUAUCUACUGGCUCCUUGCGAGUGGAAGCUGGGUGCUCGAGACAAGAACCUUCUGAGCGUGUACUUCUGA